AUGGGCGGCGCGCUGUCGGCGUCGCCGGGCUCGCGGCGGGGCGGCCCGGGGGGCGGCUCGGCGCCGGGCUGGCGGGCCCGCUCCCCGCCGCCCGCCGCCGCCGCCAAGGGCCUCAAGCGGCCCUCGCUGCAGCUGCUGCCCGCCCUGCCCUGGAAGCGCCUGGUGGCCCCCGGCAAGAAGAAGGCGGCCGCGCACGCCGCCCCCGCGGAGGUGGCCCACCUCAACCGCCGCAACGCCCGCCAGUCGCUGCCGGGCGGGCGCGGGGCGGGGGGCGGCCCGCCGCUGGGCCCCCGCAACGCCGCCCCGCCGCCCGCCCCGCCGGCCCCGGCCCCCCCGGCGGCGGCGGCGCCGCCGUGCUCUCCGCGCCGGGUGGUGGUGCAGGCGUCGACGGGCGAGCUGCUGAAGUGCCUGGGCGCCUUCCUGUGCCGCCGCUGCUACCGGCUGAAGCAGCUGCCGUCGGGCGCGGCGGCGGCGUGGCUGCGCGGCGUGGACCGCUCGCUGCUGCUGCAGGGCUGGCAGGAGCAGGCCUUCGUCAGCCCGGCCAACGUGGUGUUCGUGUACCUGCUGUGCCGCGAGGCCAUCGACGGCGACCGCGUGGGCGGCGAGCACGAGCUGCGCGCCGCCCUGCUCACCUGCCUCUACCUGGCCUACUCCUACAUGGGCCACGAGAUCUCCUACCCGCUCAAGCCCUUCCUCGUGGAGGGCGACAAGGACGCCUUCUGGAGCCGCUGCCUGCGCAUCAUCGGCGCCACCAGCGCCCAGAUGCUCCGCAUCAACGCCGACCCCCACUACUUCACCCAGGUCUUCGCCGACCUCAAGAGCGAGGGCGACGGCGGCCACCGCCAGGACUUCCCCCGCGUCUUGGACCGCUGA